AUGGAACCAAUAACGACGGUCAAGCUUUUCUUUGAUUUCUGCAAAUUUGCAAGCAAUGUGAGCAGUGUGACAGUCGAGCACUGGGGUGCAUCCAUUGGAGAUUUGGAUGCCAUCCUUCCACCUUCACGUCCUACUGACAAAGCCCUCCGUCUUCCACUUCAGGAUGUUUACAAAAUUGGAGGUAUUGGAACGGUACCUGUUGGUCGUGUUGAAACUGGUAUUCUUAAACCCGGUACUGUAGUAGUGUUUGCUCCAGCUAACAUUACCACUGAAGUAAAGUCUGUUGAAAUGCACCACGAAGCCUUGCAAGAAGCCGUACCUGGAGACAACGUCGGUUUCAACGUUAAGAACGUCUCAGUCAAAGAAUUGAGGAGAGGAUAUGUAGCUGGUGACUCUAAGAACAACCCACCCAAGGGAGCUGCUGAUUUCUUAGCUCAAGUUAUCGCCACUUAG